AUGACGACCACGGCCUCUUCGACGGGUGGACCGGAUGGUGGUAGCAGCAGCAGUCGCCUGAGCAGUGGUCGGAUAAGCCAAAAGCAGCGCGCCCCCAGCGAUGGUACCGAUUCGUCCUCGUGCGGUGCCCGCGAACCGUGGAUCUCGACGAACAAAAUUCUCAACAGUAGCCUGUGCGGACGGCGCAUCAACAGCCGCAAUCCGAACUUUGACUACGACGAAACGAAGCUGCUGAUCGCGCUGUGGGGUGAUCCGGUGGUGCAGAAAACGCUCAUCACCACGCACAAGAAGCAUCCGGUUAUUGCGGAGCUGGCGCGAAAGAUGCGCGACCACGGGUACAACCGGUCGACAGAGGAAAUUAAUACGCGCAUCAAAAAUCUCAAAUGUUUCUACAACCGGAUCAAGAAGGAUAUGGCGGCCGGUAUUAUCAAUCAGACGACCUGGCGCCAUUACGCGGAGAUGGACGAAAUUAUUAGCCGGCCGGUGUUUGGAAACGCGCAUCGGAUGCAUCUGCAGCAGCAGCAGCAACAGCAGACAAAUCAGGAACAUCCACUGUUGCGACAGAAUGUCCGGAAGCUGUCCAAUAACGAAACCGACCAGGGCGAUGGUGCAAAAGAAGCGCUGCCACAGUUUCCGGUAAAGCUGGAGGUAAUGAGCGAUGAUGAUGAUGAUUACGAACCGACCGAGAUACGGGCCGAAGAUUUGCUUACCAUCGAUGCAAAGUUCCCGGACGAUUCACCGACCGUCCCCGAAACGGAGCGCACGUUGCAUGGUGUUGGUAAUCGUAAUGGUAGGAAUGGUAAGAGCGUGGCGAACGGUAAAGCAUCGUCCCGGAAGCAAGCGGAAGACGAUGACGAGGACGACGAUGAAGACGAUGAAGAUGACGGAGGGGAUGAAGAGGAGGAAGAAGAGGAGGAAGAAGAGGACGAUGACGAGGGAAGUGAUUUUGAUGUUGAAAAUGAAUUUAAUGAUGGGUUGGACGAGUUGCUCCAGAAAGCUCAGGCGACGAAAUCCACCCCCGGGGCCGGUGGUACGAGUGUCUCAAAAACGGCCACCCAAGGUGCCGGUACGGCAAAAUCCGCCAGUACCAGUGGUCUGGUGAUUGAAACGAUCACCUCCGGCAAUGGUACCACCAUCACGGCAACUGGUGCCUCUUCCACGAGUAUACCGACCACCAACACCACUGGCAAGAUUUCCGUCGUGCCGACGAAUUUGCUCAUGAAGCAACCGUCCACGGUUGCCUCCAGUAUGACCGCACCGAUACAGAUCUACACCCAGCCCACGGUAAGCAUCGCCAAGGGUCCAACGGGUACGGCGACCACUAUGGUCGCAUCGGCCGGCGGUUCGGGACCGGUAGGUACGGCCCCGAUGAAGCUGCUGUUGGUGAACACUGUCGCGAAGGAUGGUACCACGCAGCAGAUACUGACGCCUGCAUCGGAAGCCACCAUGCCCAAGCUUAUCCCGGCACCCGUGCACCAUCAUUCCAAGCUACCGCUCACGGUCGGCGGCGGUGGACAAUCGCCGAUCGUUACUAUACCGACCGUGAACGUACCAAAGCAGGUGGGUGCAGCGAUCAAGCUCGUCCCACCGCCUGGUGCACGGCCAGCCGGUUCGGGUGGCCAGUCGGCCGGUUUCCGUACCCUGCUGACACAGCUCGUGGCUAUACAGCGGGAAAAUUUGGCCCUCAAUCAGGAACGGUUGAAGUUGGAAAAGGAGCGGUUAGAGUUUGAAAAACAGUUUGGCGGUUCACUGGUCGGUAUGGUGCGCAAUAUGAGCACGUUUUUCUCCGGCAUGCUGCAGCACCAGCGCAAUGAACAAGAGCAACUGAAACAACCGGUUGACAAGUUGGGCAGUGAGUCAUCGAUAAAACCCGUCUCGGAACAGGUGAAAACUCCACCGGUUCCAAAGAUCACCGAUCCGGAAGGGCAUGAAACUGGUUUGGAGGUGCGUGAAAUUUCAUCCUCAUCUUCGACUGCAUCGUCGUCCGUAACCUCCACGACAAAGACACCCGCCCCAGACGGUGGUGGUCGAACCGAAGCGAAGGAACCGACCACAGUGGGUACGAAACGAACCCAACCUUCCUCAACACCACCACCCCUCACACCGGCCCCCUCCGUCGUAAAGGCAUCCUCCACGUCGGACGUAUCGUUGCCGAAGAAGCGUCGCAUGAUGACACGCAACGCUGCCCAACAUUCGCAAACAAACAACGCGGACGAUCCACUUAAAACGGAAAUCAUCAGCGAUGCCGACGAUCAGUAA